GUUCAGUUGCUCUUGGUCAGUCGUUGUGUGCGGAGCGCCCCAGAGCAGUAGCCCCCCAGAGAGUCUUUGUCGCUGACGCUGUCGCUGUCGCUGUCUCCGUGUGUCAGUCUCCGUCUCCGUCUGCGUCUCCGUCUCCGUCGUCCGUCGGAAUCUCAUUCUGAAUCUCAAUCGCAUAGGAAAUAGUGCGAGAGCAGGAAGAGUUUUUGUUCGUGUAAGACAAACGUUAUAGCGGUUACGGGUACGGGUUGCCAGUGCGGGACACGCGGUGUCCGUAGUGCGGGUGCGGGUGCGGGUGCUGGUGCUGCGCUCUUAGCUGUAAAUUUAUCAAACAAACGAACAAACAAAAAAAAAAAAGGAGAAUCGAGGCGACAACCGUGCGACGGAUUUCCGCGCCAAAGACAUCAUCAUCAAAACCAAACUCAAAUUCAAACUGAAACCAAAACUCCAAGAAGUACUCUGAGAAGCGGCACUACCAGCAGCAACAGGAAGCGGGCUAAGGAAAUCACCAGCAUCCUUGCCAAUUGUGCAGCAGAGUGCUGGCUGCAGGCCAAGCUCUGAGAGGAGUGGCAGCAACAGCAGCAUCCAGUGGCAACUUGUUUUGUAUAUCCAUAAGUUCCUGUGUGCAUCAUGCACAACACCGGCAAACCAACCACCGCCUCUCCGCCCACAGCACAGCAGCAGCAGCAGCAGGCAAGGCCACAGUCGCCGUCCCCCGGACGGAAUCCCGCGGAGGAUGAGGACGAGACCGAUGUGAUUGGCGACCUGAUGGGGCACUACGGCAAGUGGCAGCUGCUGAUGACGGUGCUGCUGUCGCUCUUCCAAGUGCCCAACACCUUUCACAUAUCCUCGUCGGUGUACCAGGCGGCCAACAAGGACUUCUGGUGCCAGCGGCCGCUGGAGCUGCAGCAGAUGCCCGUCGACGAGUGGCGCAACCUGAGCGGCUCCAACGACAACUGUCAUCGCUGGGAGGGCAUCGGCUGGAGCAGCCUGGCGAAUGAUACCACGCUGCAAGAGGCAGCGGAGGUGGUGGCCAGCGUGGGCAAUCUGGUGGCCUGCGAGAGCUGGGAAUACGAGACGCACGACAAUGUCGGGAACACUUGGACGUCGGAGUGGGAUCUGGUGUGCGACAAGGAGCACCUGAAGAACGUGGCCGAGAUGUUCUUCCUGCUGGGCGUGGCAACAGGUGGCAUCAUCUCCGGCUAUCUUUCCGACAAGUUUGGCCGCAAGACAAUGCUCUUCAUAUCGGCCAUCCUGCAGACCAUAUUCGGUCUCUGCCUGUACUUCUGCAGCUCCUUCGAACUGUAUCUAACGCUGCGCGCCCUCCUCGGACUGGUGUCCGUUUCGGUCACCUACUCGGCCCUCAUUCUGGCCAUCGAGUACGUGGAUGGCAAGUGGCGGACCAUCGCCGGGAUGUACAAUCUCUUUCCACUGCCAAUCUCCUACAUGAUCAUCUCGGGCCUGGCCUAUCUCACGCAAGACUACCAGGCCCUGCAGCUGUGCAUCGGUUUGCCGGGAAUAUUCCUCUGUUUUCUCUGGUUCGUGGUCCCGGAAUCGCCGCGCUGGCUGCUGGUCAAGGGUCGUGUCGAUGAGGUGCGCCGCAUCAUCGAGGCGGCGGCCAAAUUCAACGGACGCCAGCUCCCAGUGGACUACCAGCUGACGCCGCCGACGCAGGAGAGCAGCUCCCAGAACAUAACGCAUCUGUUCCGCUCCAGCUAUCUGCGGCGCAUCACCAUCUGCUUCCUCUGCAUUUGGUUCACCAUGAAUCUGGUCUACUACGGCAUUAUCCUCAACAUGAGCUCCUUCGGGGGCAAUGUCUACUUGAAUUCGGCGCUAGCUGGCCUAGUCGAAAUACCCGCCAUCGCCGUGGCCAUGUACAUCAUCACUAAGGUGGGCAAGAAGUGGCUCUUCUGCGCCACACUCUUCUGUGCCGGCGUGGCCUGCUUCUGCGCCACCAUCACCGAGGGGCGCGAGGACAUACUCUGGCUGAAGAUCACAUUCCUGAUGAUGGGCAAGUUCACGAUCAGUGCCGGGAACACCAUCAUGCCGGUCUACACCGCCGAACUGUAUCCCACGGCCAUUCGCAAUGUCGGCGUGGGCGCCUGCAACGUGGCCGCUGGAUUGGCCCUGAUCCUGACACCCUAUAUAUCGCUGCUGAACAAAAUCGAGGGCCACUUGCUGAUGGCUCUGCUCACCGCCUGGAGCAUCUUUGGGGGCUUUGUGGUGCUCUUUCUGCCCGCGACGGCCGUCCGACGCAAUGCUGCCAACUCGGGAUCGGGCGGUGGCAAUCAGAAUGCUGCCAGUGCUGCCAAGCAGGUGUAAUAAUCGCUGCUGUCCUGCCCAGCCUCUCUGCCCUGCCCUGUCUCUGCCUCUGCCUCUGCCUCUACCUGUGCCCCGCCCUGAAGAACAAUAUAUAUUUUGGCUGGUCCAAAGUAUAAGCUGAUGAUGAGAAGAAGAGAAGUACAGACCCCAGCCCAGCCACGCGCCUGGAACCUGUAACGAGUCGACAUAUCCACCGCCUCAAGCCACCUCUAUCCAAUAGAUCCAAGAGAUCCCACAGAUCCCACAGAUAAAUAGAUAAACCAAAUCGAUUUGACACGCAGUUAUUGUAUGAAUGGUAAUCGAGCAAUCGAAUGUCCAGAUCUAUGCCAAUUUAGAACGCUAGAACGUCACAGAAUGUCAGGCAGGACCUUGUUUUUGCGUAGCACGUAGUGAGUACGAGUAUCUUAACAAUUAAUAAAACUACAACUAAAACUAAAACUAAAACUAAAGCGUAAUGUAACGUAAUGGCUUAUAGCUUAUGUCAUAGUCUCUAAGUAUCGGAACACAAACCGCAAAAAGCAACAGAAAUACUACCCUGACAAAAUCCGUAGUAGAUUCUGUGUCUUUCCAGAGCUCAAACGAGGCUUCGGUUCGCAUCGAAGGCAAUGAAUUUUUACACAGAGUUCGGGGAGGUCUAUCAACAGAUAUCCCCCACUGGAACUCUGUGCAAAUUUUGAGUAAAUCCCAUAGAAUAUCUUGUUGAAUUAAUGCAUGUACACAAGUAUUGCUAAUCUAAUUACAACACACCCACACACACAAAUUAUAUUCUUGUCAAUAUGUCUUGUCAAUAUCUCAACGUACACAUAAUCUUCUUAUCGUCGUCGUCGUCUUCUUGUUGUCUAUUAAUAAAAAAUGUUUUCCAAAA